GGGCUCGGUACCCCGACUCCACCCCAUCAUGUGGCCGCGCCGGCCCCGCCUCCGCCCCAGUUCCUGUUUCGGCCUCCGCCGUCCAGCUCGGGCCCUUGGGGCUCCCCGCAGACGUCCGCCGCUCACGUUCCCGCACACCCGGCCCGGGGGCGGGGAUGGGACCGUCCCCUGGUUUCAGCCGGUCCUUCAGGGGCCCCAGAGGCGCCUUGGCCCCGCCGUGACCACUGCCCGCCUGAUUCCGGAUUCCCCCAGACCCCUCCAGAAUGAAGGGCGGUGAGGGGGACGCGGGCGAGCAGGCCCCGCUGAACCCGGAGGUCGAGAGUCCCCCGGGCUCUGCCACGUACCGCGAGUUCGUGCACCGUGGCUACCUGGACCUCAUGGGGGCCAGUCAGCACUCGCUCCGGGCGCUCAGCUGGCGCCGCCUCUACCUCAGCCGGGCCAAGCUCAAAGCCUCCAGCCGCACGUCUGCCCUGCUGUCCGGCUUCGCCAUGGUGGCCAUGGUGGAGGUGCAGCUGGAAAGUGACCAUGAAUACCCUCCGGGCCUGCUGGUGGCCUUCAGUGCCUGCACCACCGUGCUCGUCGCGGUGCACCUGUUCGCGCUCAUGGUCUCCACGUGUUUGCUGCCCCACAUCGAAGCCGUGAGCAACAUCCACAACCUCAACUCAGUCCACCAAUCACCACACCAGCGGCUGCACCGUUAUGUGGAGCUGGCCUGGGGCUUCUCCACGGCCCUGGGCACCUUCCUCUUCCUCGCCGAAGUGGUCCUGGUGGGCUGGGUAAAAUUUGUGCCCAUCGGGGCACCGCUGGACACGCCAGCUCCUGGGGCACCUGCAUCCCAGGCACCUGGGAAUCUGCCACCAGUGGGCACCUCACUCAGUCCCGCGUCCCACCUCCCACCAGCCUCUGCAUCCCUAGCCCCUCCGCAGGCUAAACCUUCUGAAACCUGCCCGCCUCGGCAGGUGUGUGGUGACAGCAAUGGGACCCACGGGCCGGGAUGGCAAGCAGCCAUGGCCUCCACGGUGAUCAUGGUACCUGUCGGGCUGGUGUUUGUGGCCUUUGCCCUGCAUUUCUACCGCUCCCUGGUAGCCCACAAGACCGACCGGCACAAGCAAGAGCUGGAGGAGCUGAGCCGCCUGCAGGGCGAGCUGCAGGCUGUGUGAGGCCGGUGUUAGCGACUGUUGUAUCAAGUGUCACCUGCAGGGGGAGCUGCAGGCUGCGUGAGGCCGGUGUUAGCGACUGCCACAAACGCCGCUCCCUCCAGAGGUCUGCGGGACGCGCCUUCCGGGGUCCCGACGGCAAUCCCUGCCCCAGGUGGCCACACUCCCGCCCACAGGGUCCAACUAUACCAAGGAUGUUUCGUGUCUGUCUGUCCCAGCGAGGAUGUGGAGGUCCCCGUCGAAGCAUCAGAUGGUGGAUGGAGUCAGGAGGGUGAGGUCAGGGGCCCCUUGGGGGACCAUGGUGCUGUGUCUCUGCCCCUUGCAGAAGGUCCCACACAAUUGUGGCAGAAAGCGGUCGACCCUUGCUUCAUUCUCCUAAGAGUCCGUUUCUGAGGGUUGGUGUUUUAGGGGAAGCUUCUCCCCACCCCCAGCUGUGUGGGGUGUGUGUGCCACAUUCUUGGCAUGGGAGGAUUUGGGGUUCUAGUCCAGCCUCCCUUAGGAUAAGGACUUCCCAACUGCCCAUGACCUCUCCAUGUCCCUCCCUACUACUUCCUCCCGCUGCCCUAGGCCCAU